CACAAAACCCGUGGAAUCAACAAGAAUUGCAGAGUAUAUUCGAAAUGGGCGCUGAAAAUGAAGAAGCCCCUGAGAGAGAGCUCAACACUUUGCCUCCUUCUAAUGGAUGGAAAAACCGCAUCUUAAUCCCAACCCUUCUUGCAGGGGUUGCUGGUGCUGGAACUGGGUUAAUCUCGAAGCAUCAGAAGAGUCUUGGUCUUGCAAAUAUUACUGCCAGCUACGCUGCUAAUUUUGCCAUCGUCACUGGUUGCUAUUGCGGGGCACGAGAAUUUGUGACAGAAACUAGAAAAACAGGACCUGAUGAUUUAUGGAACUCUGUAGUUGCUGGAUUUGGAACAGGUGCUCUUCUAGGGCGUCUGCAAGGAUCACAUAUUUUAUAGAGAAAAAGAUUUACUUUCAACUUUUCCACCCUAUCCCCUUAACUCUUUUUUAACGAUUCCAACAUAUUUAUAUAGUUUGGCUUUAAUAACUGGUUUCAAAGAUGAUUAAUCAUGUUGCUCGUGAACAUAGAUUUGCGAGUAUCACUCUAUUCGUGCUUAGGGUAAUAUGUUUAGAAUUUAGAUUACAUUCAAACUUCCUUUCACAGGGUUCAUCUAAUGUAGAAAAAAGUGUAUAUUAAAGCAGAUAUGUUUAAGUUUAGAUGUUGAAAAUGGAAAUAAGGAUGAACCAGUUAGACCGAAAGAGAGGAAAUUAAAAAAUAAUGACACAAUUCAAUGUUGGAGAGUAGAACAAGAAUCAGAGACACACUCAAGCAAAAGAACUCAAAUUCAAUAGAUAGGAGCAGGGAUAGCAGUUGACGUUGGUAGAAAUCCCCGCCACCUCAUUUGUUCAUCCUUAAUCUCCAUUUCAGGAUGUCUCUGAACUAGAAAAAUAAUGUUACUAAAAUUUUAGAAAGUUAAACAAAGAAAGUAAAACGAAUAUAUUUCUAUAAGUGAGCUCGGACAGAGAGAGAGAGGGCUUGAUGACGAGGACAGAGAAGACGAGUUCAGGGCCGACGACGGAGACUGGCUUGAUGAUGACGAUGGAGACUGCGACGCC